AUGUAUGCGAUUGUUGGACCAUUUGCGGUUUUAAAACUUUAUGCUAAAAAUCUUAUGCGUCAAGCUUAUAAAAAUCAAAUUCUUCUUAAAUUAGCAGCAUCAAUCAUCAGUUUAGUAGUUGGUUCUCAAGUAGCUUAUAAAUAUCGUUAUCAACAUACAUUUAUAUGGUUAACAAGUAGUUUGUUAAUUCUACUUCUUAAUUAUUGGUAUAUAAUACCAUUUAUUCUUAUUUAUAUAUUACCUAUAAUAAAUAAAUUUAUUAAUUAUUGGUUUAAAUUUAUUGAUUUAUUUUCUAAUAAAAUUCUUCGUCCAUAUAGUACAAAAUUUUGUCAAAUAUUACCAUCAAUAUGGAUAUUUGAAUUAAAUCAAAAAUUAUGGCCAAUUGAAAGUAUUCGUAUUAUGUUAAUAUAUGGUUCAAUUGGUCCAGCAAUUUAUUGUGGAUAUGAAAUUUAUUCAUAUUUAUUCUUUGGUAUUAGUUUUAAUGUAUGUAUUUCAAUAAGUAUAACAAUUCUUGUAACAACAACAUUAUGGCACAUACUUGAAGCUAUUGAUCGACAUCUUUAUCCAUUUAUAUUUGCAAUUAUAAUACAAUAUUAUAUUAUACCAAUAAAAUCAUUUUUAAAUAUUCCAUUAACAAUUUUAUUAACAACAUUUUUAUUUCCAUGGUUAAAUAAUCUUUUAAUUAGUAAUUCAAUUCAAGAAUUUAUAAAUAAUAUAACACUAUUAAAUAUUCGAACAUAUUUAGAAGGAAAUAAUAAUUAUAGAAGAUUUUAUUGUGAAUUUGUUAAUUUAUUUAUAAUAUUUUAUUUAAUAUAUCAUGUUUUUAUUUCAUGUUUAAUUAAUAAUGUAUUAUGGUUAUUAAUAAUAUUAAUUAUAAGUUUAUUAUUUAUUUAUUUAUAUACAAAUUUAAUAUAUUUAAUAUUAUUUCAACCAAAUAUAAUUAUGUUUUUAUUUUCAUCAUUUAUUUUAUGUAAAUAUAUUAUAUAUAGACGAAUUGACGAACAUUUUAUUUCAAAAUAUUUUCUUUUAAUUAUGUUAUUAACAUUUUAUUUUGCUUUGAUUUAUCCAUUAUUAUAUCAUAUAUUACGUCGUUCAAUAAUUAAAUCUGCUUAUAAUAUUGGAUUAAAAUUACAAUUAUUUCGAGAAAAAAUCAAUCAAAAAAGAGUUCAAUUUAGUAAAAAAUAUUUGUCUAUAACAUAUAUUCAUGAUCCAUCAAAAUAUUUUAUAUUACAUUUAUGCAACAUUAUAAUCACUAUUUGUAUUCUAAUAAUACUUCCAAUAAAUAUUUUAUUACGAUUAGUUUUAUCUUUAUUGACAUAUUUACUUAUUGGUCGAUUAUUAUUAACACAUGGUUUAGAAAUUCUUCGAAUUUUAACAUCAUUAUGUAUAAGUAUAACAGCUGGUGCUCAUGUUUAUGAUCGUUAUAAUAAUUCUCUCAUAUUAACAAUGUCAAUUGCAUUGAUAACAUAUAUAUGCACAUUUGUAAUUACCUUUCCGAUGAUUUAUCGUUUUGUACAAUUUAUAUUAAUACAUUUUUCUUUAGUAAAUUAUCUUAAUGACUUUUUACAAAAUUUCUUUUUGUAUACAUGGUCAUAUUUUGAUAUCUUUUGGCCACAUAUUAAAGAAAGUUUUUAUGAAGUUAAAACACAAAUUGAACAAUCAAAAAUAAAUAUAUUUCAUCAUUCUAGAAAUGUACAAUAA